AUGAUGUCGACGUCGAUCGACCCUCAGAAUAAUAGUCAUAGCAGUAAUGGACGACCGUUGAGAAUUGUUUCAACAAAUCGACUCUUUACCAAAGUCAGAACUGAACAACCGUCUGAAGCAGUUUUACCUUCAAUAAUGGACACGACAAGUUUAUUUUCUGAUGAUCCUCACCAUCCUCUUGAUGUUUUCCCGAAAGAUGAAUCAUUGCUUGAUGAAACAACAAUGAUAACGACAUCGUCUUCAUCACCGUCAUUUGCUGACUUUCAUCGAAAUUUAUCUACAUCAACAUCCGCUCUAUCAUCACCGACAUCGUUUUCGCCACUACAACACGAUCAUAGCUAUGGUGUAUCGACAAAUUCAUCCUCUCUUCUACCAUCACCGUCAUCACCUGACUUAACUAUUCACAAUACGACGAAUGCUAAUUCACCUGUUGUCGUCACAUGGCCACAGAUAAAUUGCCGAGCUUUACGUCCGGAUGAUUAUCACAUGUUAUUGGAACUAUUAUCAUCAAAUACGAAUGCAGAUUCGCCACCGAUUUUCUUUGGCUCAGCAUUGAUUGACCCAUCGACUCCAACACCUUAUUCAGAUGCAACACGAACACAACCGAAGAAACGUGUUCGUCCUGGCCAUGUCAAACGGCCAAUGAAUGCAUUCAUGGUUUUCUCACAGAUUGAGCGUCGAAAAAUGGUUCAACUUGCACCACAUUUGCCUAAUGCUGAUAUUAGCAAAUGUUGUGGAGCCAAAUGGAAACGAAUGUCGCUACGCGAACGACAACCAUACAUGGAGGAAUCGGAACGAUUGAAACAUCUGCAUGCACGGCAAUAUCCAACGUAUAAAUAUCAACCACGAAAACGAAAUAAGACCAGUCAAUCAACCAAUUCAAUCUCUCACCUACAUCCAGCUGCAGCUUCAUCUUCAUCGUCGCCCCCGCCGCCAAGUAUAAUGCCUACUAUUCCACCUCAACUGCCAGCUGUUCCGAAAGAGCAACCUCAAACUCCACCACCCUCACUCCCUCAACCAUCAUCGUCAUCCUCCGGCAUUUCCUCGUCGUCAUCAUCAUCAUCAUUGCCCUCAAACUCAAAUGAUCCCAUCUCAUUAUUAGUUGCAACAUUGUUCGAUCAAAAAUUGGCAAUGUUCGCCAGUAAUUUUCAGCAAUUUAAUAUCGACCAUCUUCAAUACCAUUUCACACCGCCGAACACUCAAUUAUAUCCAGCACCAGCGCCCAUGCCUUUCGAUCCCGUGGCUUUUCUCGCUAAACAACAACAACACCGACUGGCUUAA